AUGCCCGAAGACAAGUUUCCGUGGGUAGAGCCGCCCGCCGUGGCCAUCACUCCCUGUGACCCGUGGCCGCCGCCUUACUACCUCGAAGACAACCUGCGCAAGGUCACGCCGUACCACUUCACCUACAACACCUUCUGCAAGGAGCGGUGGCGCAACCGCGAGAUCCUCGACAUCUUCGCGAGCGAGUUCAGGGACCGCCCCACCGAGUACUACGAGCAGGCCAUCGUCGAGGGCAGAGUCGUGCUGAACGGCAAGCCCGUGCCCUCGACCAAGACGCUGGUGCGCAACGGCGAUGUCAUCUCGCAUACGCUCCACCGCCACGAGCCGCCCUGCAGCGCGAAGCCCAUCGGCAUCGUCCACGAGGACGACGACCUGAUUGUCAUCGACAAGCCAGCAGGCGUGCCCGUGCACCCCGCGGGACGCUACAACUUCAACUCGGUCAUCGAGAUCAUGCGGGCCGACAGGGGUUAUGGCUGGAACCCGCUGCCGUGCAAUCGCCUCGACAGGCUCACCAGCGGCAUCAUGUUCAUAGGGAAGCACAAGCAGGCCGCCGAGGACAUGAGUGCACAGAUACGCGGCCGCACUGUCAAGAAGGAAUACAUCACCCGCGUCGUGGGCGAGUUUCCCGAGGGCGAGAUCGUGUGCGAGAAGCCCAUACUCCAAAUCAGCCCGAAGCUGGGACUGAAUCGCGUCCGCGCAAACGGCAAGGAGGCAAGGACAGUCUUCAAGCGAAUGGCCUACUACCCGCCCAAAGACGACAAGGGUGGCCCCGCCCCCACCGACGGCGAAGCCCACGAGGGCAUGGAGUGGAAGACGAAGCGUGGCUACUCCAUUGUGCGCUGCAUGCCCGUCACUGGCCGCACUCAUCAGAUCCGCGUUCACCUGCAAUUCCUCGGUCAUCCCAUCUCCAACGACCCCAUCUACGCAAACCAGCGUGUCUUUGGGCCCUCUCUCGGCAGAGGCCACUCGGAGGAAGAAAAUGACGAUGACAUUAUGACUCGCCUUGCCCGCAUGGGCAAGGAAGAAAUCGCGGACGCUGUGGCUUACCAUGACGAAAUGGUCGAUGCAUACAACAAGAGGAAAGCCGAGAAAAUGACGGGCGAGAAAUGCGACGUCUGCGCCACUGAGCUUUACAGCGACCCGGGCGUCCACGAGCUGGGCAUCUACCUGCAUGCACGCAGGUAUCGCUGCGAAGAGGGAAGAUGGGACUACGAAACUGGUUUGCCAGAUUGGGCUCUACCACCACCUGGGUACGAAGGUGCCACAGAACCGACGCACGAGUCUGAUCCGCUGGCCGUCGAUCUCAAGAAGCUUGGCAUCGAAGACGGCGGAGAUGUAGGAGAUGGGCAAGGGAAACCACUAGGAACGGCCCAUGCGGCUGAAGACGGCGGCGACCACCAGCUGAUCGCCGCCGGCGCAGGGGCGUGA